GGAGGGCGCUUGCCAGCCAUGCUGGGCAUCGUCGGGGGCGGGAGAGCGCUGCUCCGGAUUCUGCGCGUGGGUCAAGUCGAGUUGGCCAGGUGCAGCGCGAUGAGGAAGCUCUCCGCCAUGUCUUCACAGGCUCAUUGGUUGACCACAGAAGAAAGGAACCAAGUUUUAUACGAUCUCAAGGCUACUGGUUUGUCUGAGCUCACAGAAAGAGAUGCCAUAUACAAGGAAUUCACCUUCAAAUCAUUCAAUCAGGCAUUUGGUUUUAUGACUCGGAUUGCUCUUCAGGCUGAAAAAAUGAAUCAUCACCCUGAGUGGUUUAAUGUAUACAAUAAGGUCCAAAUAACUCUCAUUUCCCAUGACUGUGGUGGGCUGUCGAAGCGAGAUGUCAAGCUGGCUCAGUUUAUUGACAAAGUGGCUGUGUCUGUCUAACCAGUGGAUGUUGAAAUCAGUGUUGAAGCAGCAUUU